AUGGCUGAACAAAGGCAACGGGCUUUAUCCACAUCAGGAGAAGCAUUAUAUGAAAUUCUGGCUCUGGAGAAGGGGGCAACACAUGAAGAAAUUAAGAAAUCUUACAGAAAACUGGCUCUGAAAUAUCAUCCUGACAAGAAUCCCGACAAUCCAGAGGCUGCUGAAAAAUUUAAAGAGCUCAACAAUGCUCAUGCAAUACUGACUGACCUGUCCAAGAGAAACAUAUAUGAUAAGUAUGGAUCAUUAGGGCUAUAUGUGGCGGAACAAUUUGGAGAAGAAAAUGUUAAUGCAUACUUCAUGCUUUCAAGCUGGUGGGCAAAGGCCCUGUUUGCAGUUUGUGGCCUCUUGACAGGCUGCUACUUUUGCUGCUGCCUGUGCUGCUGUUUCAAUUGCUGUUGUGGACAGUGUAAACCCAAGCCACCAGGAGGGGAAGAACAUGAGUUCUGCAUGUCUCCUGAGGAUUUGGAAGAGCAGAUUAAGACAGACAUGGAACAAGAUGGAGAAACUCCAAUCAUACUUCAGCCGACAAAUGCAAAUGAGAAAACUCAACUAAUCGGAGAUGGCCAUCGCAGCUAUCGCACAGACUCAUAAAGCAAGAGCAAGUACAGUCUGAUUGCAGUUUGCUCUCUAAGUAGGAAUGUCACAAAGAGGGUUGAGAAAAGCUAAUUGAAAAGCGUGGUAAUUUUUUUUCCAUAUUUGUAUUUGAUUUUUAAGUUAGGCAAAGAUAACUUGAAUAUAAUUUCCUGUGGAUGCAGACUCUUUAACUCACGGGGCCUUCAAAAUGAACAUUCCCAUCCUCUGUGUUCUGCACUGAGAUACUUACCGUUACCAUACUAUUAUACUGAUUAGCAU